AUGGCUCGAGUCAACAACCGUCCUCCGCCGACUUCCGACAUAUCCUCCGGUGCUUCUUCAAUGGAGGAUACAGCAAGCCCCUACUCCCUGCAGAGCAGUGAUCACCCUGGUCUUGUCCUUGUGACCCAUACCCUUGAUGGUACCAAUUACAGCUCCUGGAACCGAGCUAUGCUUUUGGCUCUUACUGCCAAAAACAAAUCAGCUUUCAUAUACGGAUCUCUUCCCCGUCCUUCCAAUUCCGAUCUCCUAUUUCCAGCAUGGAAUCGGUGCAACUCAAUGGUCAUCUCUUGGAUCCUUAAUUCUGUCUCCAAAGCUAUUGCAGAUAGCUUGGUUUAUUUCUCAAAUGCCUCUGACGCCUGGGAUGAUCUACGCACUCGCUUUCAGCAAGCCAACGGACCACGCAUCUUCCAACUGAAACAAGAUAUUUCUUCUCUUCAUCAAGGAUCUCUUGAUGUCAACUCUUAUUACACAAAGUUAAAAACCCUCUGUGAUGAGCUCCAGGCUUACAUUCCCACUCCAUCGUGCAAGGUCUGA